AUUUAGUUUUUGAUCUUUUUGUAACAAAUAGUUAAAGCGAAAUUUAUUUUGUUUGGGGAUGAUAGUUGGGGACUGAAAACACGAUGUAGAUCUAAGUUGAGACAAAUGGGAGUAGAAAACUGCAUAAACUUGUUUGAUACGGGAAAAGUUUUUAAAUAACCCGGAAUGAUUUUUUCCUUUGCUUUUCUUUUAGAACCCCCAAUUGGGGUUUUUUAUUUGUAACUUUAAUAUCUCCGCUCUGAUCAUACAUAUUUCUAUUUAUUUUGAGCUAAAAUCGAAAACUCUUUUGUAAAAUCCUAAAAUAUUAAAUCUAUAUUUAUAUUUCAGAACAUAAUGGCGUUGUUAGAAGGAAAUAAUAAUAUUAGGAAUUCGUCCCAUGGAGCAGAGAAGAGGAACGUCUUCAUCAAGUCAAAUAUUGAAACAGGAUCCAGUUUGAGUUUUGGAGCAGUAACAAAUAAGAAGCGCAGUUUACUGAUGAAAGACUUGACUAAGGUGAACAAACACAUGGUAUCUCUGCUGAAGGAAAGUAGACCUGGAUUUGAGGCAGUUCUUCAGUUUAUUCUCAGGUUUCAGUUCCUCAGUGAUAAUGAAGACGAUCUUCUCUCUGCUCUUUCAAGCUUUGGUUCAGAGUUCGAGGAGUUCACUAUUACAGAAAGGGGUCCAGAUGAAGAAGAAGAGGAGAGUAUUAUUGUACCAAGAGUCCAGCAUAUUGCAGUCAGUGAUGAGAAAUACUCAAAACCUUGGAAGAACAAGAAGAAGGGUUUUCUCAAGGUCCGGGUUAUAGAGUCCAAGCUGGACAGGUCUACGCUGAAUAUCUGUGAGCCAAACAGCAAUAAGGUUGUAAUCACCAAGAAACCAAACCUGGAGAAAAUCCCCGGCUCUUUAGCAACUGAUCAGAACUUCAUCAACCAGCCUAUUGACUGGAGUAACAAGAAUAACCCUUUUCCACAUAACAUCAUUAAUCAGUCCCCUGACCAGAACAUUUUGAAACAGAGAGUCAACCAGAGCAUAAUGGAUCAGUCUGUCUUCAGGAGCAUACUAAACCAGGCUCCUGACCGGAGCAAUAUCAACCUUAAAUAUGACCAGAGCAUCAUGAACCUCUUCAGUCCUGAGAGUAGGAAGCAACAAGAAGUAAAUGAGGUUGAGAUCCUAGAAGACAAUGGACCUCCAUGUUUAACCCCUGAGAUAACAGAGCUCCAUCCAUUUCCACUAGGGAUAAACAGACUGGUGCACCAUGGACAUUCCGCCACCCCUCUUCAUCGGGAUCCUCAGAUAUCCCGUCUACUGGAUAUCCAUGGAUAUCCAACCACCCCUCUUCUUAAGAAACAUGGAACUCCAACCACCCCUGUGCCGGAAAUCCGUGCAACCAUCUCGCUACUUGAGCAUCUUGAACGUCCGACCACCUCAGUUCCAGAAACCCAUGGACCUCCGACCAACUCUCCGCUGGACCACCAUCGAUACCCAAAAACCCCUUUACGUCAAAUGCGCUUUUAUCCCUCUACCACCAGCUAAACAUCAGGAAGGGUAUAUACUAUUCAAGCAAAGUGAAAAAGGUUUUUUUGAAAGAUGUUAAUUAAGUCAUAUUGUGAAUGCCAACAGUAUAAAUUUGAAAAAAAAUCUAGGAAUAUUUUGCAAAAAUAAUAUUCAUGUUUUUUAACAAAAGUUUAAUUUUGUAU